CAUACGUCCACUCAUCUCCACGCUCUUUUGCGCAGGAAGCGGGCACCGCAAGCUUCCCAGGUGCCGUUACUCAGACGGCAUACGGCCAUUCGCAUGCGCUGCACCAUUUGGUGGUAACAGGGCACCAGCCCCCUAAGGCGAACAAGGAGGCUCCUCGGCUUCUGCAGGGACUGCAGCCCCGAGGCCAAUAUGUCAGGCCCAUUUCGCUUCAACCAGCAGUCGGCCCAGUCGCCACUGGAGCGAGCCGCAUCUCCCUUCUCUGCUGGUGGACAACCAGUGUCGUAUAAGACUAAUGUUAAUCGCGCCAAGACGAAGAAGUGGGUGGAGGCGAAGAAGAACGCAUAUGAUGGCGAUGACUGGGGCGACUACGACGAAUACGACGAGUAUGGGGUAGACACAACCCCUCCCCCGGAACCCGCACCGCUUUCGAACCCGCGGUACCACGGCCAGCGACCUCCAUAUGACGCGCCGUCGCGGAGUUUCACAGACCCCUCACAGCAAGCGCCGCUCCCUAGAGCACGCAAGAACUCGUUUGACGCCGGCGAAGAGCAGCGAUCCUUCUCAGCUUCUAUACCCCACCCCCAGCAGCAGGGCUAUGCACAGCAACCACAGGACGUGCAGCCGCCGCCGCUCCAGACAAGCGGUAUGGGGCGUGAGAUCACAGACAGCUCACCCCAGAACCGGGACUUCAGCCCGUCUGCUAUGCCUCAACCGCUGCAGACACGUCUUUCGACUGGUCCUGCUGAUGUGCAGAGCCCCCCGGCGACCACCCAGUUCCCUCCGCGCAAGAGCAGCAUAGGACAAGGCAACGCGCCGCCUGGGCCAAUUGACUUCAUCCCAAUUGAUACGUCACCUCGAGAGCGUACUGGCAGCCAAGACAAGCCCCUGCCCUUCAUCAGGCCGGCGGACAUCUACAAGAGGGUGGAAGAGGAGCGCAGACGAGAGUCAAUGGAGUCACAGUCGCGACCUAGCCUGGACUCGCUUUCAGCUCGCCCAAAAGACGAUCCGACGUCACCAACAUCACCAACUGCAGACCGGAGGAACUUGCAGCCUCUCGAGACGGUUGCUGAGCGAAAGAGUGAAUAUCUGCCAGACCUGAAUGUUGGACAACAACAAGAUGGCAAAGACGACCCACAACGACCGCAACACGAUCGAGUUCCAUCUGCGCUCAAAGGCAUUGAGACCUUCGACAACGACUUCUGGUCCAGCGGCCCGGACCUGCAGGCACCUGCCAGCCACGCGCCUGUUGUGUCACCUCCCCAGGAUCAAGGUUUCCGUUCAGUAGUCGACCAGGCUUUCACUCGCAGCGACGACCAGCGCUCAGUGCCGCCCACACCCAUAUCAAAGGACUCUGACUCCGACCUGAACAGGAGUAACACUGGCAGCACAUCUGGGAUCAGUCCUAUCAUGAGUCGUGUGCCCAGUUCGGCAACGGCAGCUUUGAAGAAUCGCGGCCUUGGCGAUGGUAGCACACCCGUGAUUGCAGAAGAGCCACAUGAGGCAGGGACCACAGUCUCCAGGCCAACCUCCGAUAACUUACCUCAGGCAGUGCAUUCUCUUCAAGGCCAUACGCGCAACGUAUCUAGCACCUCUCUUCCACGCAGCGGUUUGGCGACACCGACUCGAGGUGACAGCCCUGCACGCUCGCCCGCGUUUGGCCCGCAAACGACCUUGCCAGAACCGGAAACUGCUCAGAUUGCGACGGACAGUUCUAAUUCACCGGAUGCUAUGGAAGGUGGUCUAAGCGGCCCUCACUCUGCCUACGCUACACGUGAAGCAGACAUCGCAACAGCCAUGUUGAGCAGUCCAGUGCGAGCAGCCCCCGAGCUCGGCGCUGCAGAGAAGCAACUGCAAGACGCAUUCCUCGAGUCACACAAUGCGCAAUCACCCAUCAGCGACGCACUAUCACGAGACCGCUCAGAGUCACCAAGCAAAGGUCGUGUACAGGCGCUGGCUGGCAAGUUUGGUGAAGUCUCGCACUCGAGGCGUGGUUCGACUCAGUCCAACAUCUCCAGGAACAGCGUGCAGUCAUGGGAGCGAAGUCCAGAUAACUCACGUGCGCCUUCACCGACAAAAGGGAGCCCAGGGAAACCUGGUAGCCCGAAGAAAGAGUUCAGACCACACUUGCCUGGUGGAUGGGAGUCGUACGCUAUCACGACACCGGCACCUCUUGAUCGAUCCGAGACAGAGAGAGGACUGGGUGUGGAGAGGAACCCAGGCCCGUCAGCACUUGCUCAGGUUGACCUUACUGAACCAGAUCGAGGCCGGGGUGUAGAAAUGGACAACGCUUCGUCAGCCCUUGCAGAUGUCGACCUCACGCCGACAACACAGAAACGUCAGGUUACUGAGGUUGAGCAGCCUACUUUCGACCCAAUCUCGGCGCUCAAGGAUGCUGGAGCUGCCAUGACCGAGUCUUUGCGUACAACGGUCGGGUUGGGUGGUUCGACAGAGGCUGGCCAGGAGCAGGGCCGCCGUUCUCACGGCGAUGUGUACAUGUCUCGCCCAUUACGCAUGGAUCGUUCAGAAUCUGCGGUAUCAAGCAUACCACCGACACCACCAGCGAAAGACACACCCGCGUCGGAGUUCCUACCAACGCCGCCUCUGAAGGAGCAUACCCCGGAACCUCUCGCCAGACCUGAGCGGCCAACUAUGGCUCCGCAGCUUAGCACUGAUCCUUCAGCUGAUGAUCAAGAGAGCGACCGUCUACGCAAGGAAAUUGUCGCAAGUUUGAGCCCGUUGCGAAUGUCCACGGUCUCGUCUUCUGAUCUGGAUCACAACACGCUUCCCCCAGGAAGCAAGGACGCCAAUCGUGCUAGCUCGAUCCUCGACAGCUAUUACGCCGAAUUGGACAGAGAUUCGCCAAGAACCUCAAACGAUCUGAACAGAGACAUUCCGGAGCUGGCACCGUUGAAAUCAGCAUCUUCAGCACACUCUGCGACACCCCAGAAGCCGGCAGGCCUUAACCGAUUCAGUUGGGAGGCUAACAGCCCCCACAUGACACCUGAGAAGCAGUCCCAAGCUGCGGCUGUUCCAGAGCCUACAAAGACGGUUCAGGCAGAAAAGAGUACUUUUCCAACGAUCGAGCGAGAAGUAGAAGAGGAACAGCAGCAGUGGAACGAGGGCAUCCCCGAGGAUCCAUACUUUGGGCCGGGUCAUACUUUUACUGUAACAAAACCAGAGCCUAUGACGGAGGCGGAGCUUGCAACCCGGGCUCCUACUCCUCCAUUGGACACUGGCUCGUCUCUGACCAGCCCACCUACACGCGAACAAACUAGGUCACCCGGACUUCACAUCGUUAACUCCGCGCUGGAUCCUGAAGCUGUUGAUCUACCCCCUCGCUGGAGCGCAGAACACUCUCCUCAGCCACCAAAGGAGGUUGAGAAGGAGAUUGAAAAGGAUUCUCUGCCACCACAGCAGCUCAAGGAACAGCAACAGCAAGAGACGAACCCAGCAGUCUCCGCUCACACAGCGUUGACUGGUUCUAUCGAAGCACCUGAAUCGUCUGCAAUACACGAACCCGAGACUAAGUCGCCAACGUCACCUAGGUCUCCAACGUCAGACAAGCCUCUAGGAGCUCGAGAGAUUGCGACCAUUGGCUCGACUGCUGAGCGUAUCGCUACUUACAAUAAGACUCGCGACCAAUGGGCUACUACUGACCAUGGGCUUAGUGACUGGAUCACUGCCACUUUCGAGGCAGACCCAAGCCUUGCCACGCAGAGUGCGCAACCUCCUCCUCAGCCAAGACCACAGUCAGGAACUUUUCGUCAUAAGCACACUGGAUCUCUCGCUAUGCUCGGCAAGUUCACGGGUUCGAGCAACAGCCAGCCUUCAGGUAGCGCAUACUAUGAGCAGUACAACUCGACAGCUGCGCACGUUCCUGCCUUGUCGAACUCUCCAACUGCAGGACCGUCUAAGACCUCUUCAGGCUUCCUAGGCCGGACUGCAAGCCACUCGAUCCAGACCCAACAAAUGCAAGCUAAGGGCAAAGAUCUGCUACACACUGCUGGUGUGCUGAGUGGCAAGGGCAUGACCAGCGCCAAAGGCUUGUUUGCCAAGGGCAAGAGCCGGUUCAACCGUGAUAAGGUAGAGAAAUAAUCUUCUUCUUGUCCACCUUCAUUCACCCUUGAGGCGAUGACACGAUUGCACAACAACCAUUGUCUUUUUUGUCCCCCCAACAAAAGGAUUGCGACAUGUAGCUGGAUAAAGUUGGAUAGAGAGUCCUUGAUUUUGAAUAUUGCGAUCUUAAUGGGCGUUUUCGAUAUCAUGAUUUUGUUCUAGGCGUACGACAUGUCCGGUUCUGUUUGUAUGGUGUGUCACUUCCUUUCUCGGGUAGUCAUAAUGAUCGAAAUGUUAACCCUAGUUCUUCUUA